AUGGAAAAACGUCUUAAAGGAAACAAUGCAAUAAAAAAGGGUGACUAUAAAACUGCACGCGAUGAAUACACCAAAGGUCUCCUAGAAACACCCAAAGACCCGGCGCUAUGGUGUAAUCGCUCAUUGGCAUUUUUAAAAGAAGGGUAUCCUGAACUAGCACUGGUGGAUGCAUUGCGAGCUAUUGUAUUGCUUGAAAAAAAAAUGAGCGAAGUGAUCACGAUGCUGGCCGGUGAUGAAACAAAAUCAAGUGGAAAAGAAGAAUUUAAAAUCGUAUCAUUUUCGAAGGAUUCGUGGGGUACUGAAAAUUUGGUUGAAAUUGGUAAAGAAAAGUUAUCGUGCACUUCAUCGCAGAAUAAAAAUUGUAAAGAUAGUCACGAAAAAGAAAAUGAUUCAGCAAAUAUGGAAAAAAUUGUUCAGAUGUUGUUUAAAGCUUUUUAUCGGCAAGCUGUUGCGUAUUCGAAAUUGGAGAUAUGGUAUAGAGCGAUAGAAUCAUGCAACAAUUUCUUGACUAUGCAGAAAAAUAUCGAAAAGUAUUCGAUCUCUAUCAGCAAUAUUGAUUGUCUUCAACUUCGUAGUCAUUGUGAAAAAAAACAUGCAGAGUUUACCAAAAAGAAUCCGGAAUGCGUCAAUUUUUAUCAUGGUGUGAUGAAAUACAAGAACGGAUAUCCGUGGGACCGUAGUCAAGAAAAUCGUGAUUCGGAAGAACUAUUUGAAAAUUUAAAAAUACAGAUUGAGACUCUUUCGGAUAUGAAAAUUUCAUUGACUCGAGUGGAAUUCGGGAAAUCAUCUAAUUCAACAACAUCUUCUCCAAAGAAAAUUCAGUAUGGCAUUGAAGCAUUACAAGCUAUUUCCGCGGAAUGCAUAAUAAUGGAAGAAACAGCUUUUCUAAACGUUCACAAUCGAUUCGUUUCUCGUUGUGAUUAUUGUAAUUUGCCAUUGGCUGAUCCGAAAGACAACACCAUGGUAUUUUAUGAAUGCCCUGAAACUGGGUGCAAAGAAGUCUAUUGUGAUAUUGAGUGUUGGCAAUUGGCAUCUAAUGAAUUUCACAAGCCAUUGUGCGGAAAAGACAUAACACCCAUACUAGAAAUAACACAAAAUGAAAGGUCCACAGGUUCAUUGAAUUUUUUAUUCUUUUUGAAGAUAUUUGCUAUCGCUAAAAUUCGCGGAAUAUCUCCAUUGGAUAUCGAUGAACUGAAACAUUUAGUGCGCUACAGACCCAUUCAUGGCAAAUUAAUUUAUCAACAUAUAUGGACUUCUAUGUACACGUACACACUCGGGAUCCUGGAAAUUUCUCCAUUUGAUGUACGGUUUGAUUUUUGGAUGUACCUUGAAUGCAUCCAUAUGACACGUUGUAAUGUAUUUGCGGCAACAGAUGACCAAGGCCGCCCCGAUUGUGCAUCGUGUUAUUCCCUCAUGUCUCUCGUUAAUCAUGAUUGUAGUCCGAAUGCUUUUAUAAUUGAUCAUGAAUUGACGGCCGCUCGUGAAAUUGAGAAAGGAGAACCAGUGACCAUUUCGUAUAUUGAUGAUGGCGAUGGCGAUGACGAUGGCGACAGACAAUCUCAGUUUGCUAAUGUAUUUGGGUUUACAUGCACGUGCGAUCGAUGUCAACAACUACAUGUAGAUGAGAAAAAUAUAAAAUAA